AUGACAGAGAAAAAGUCUGGCAGUCAUCAGAUUAAAUCUACCACCAAUUUGCCAUCAUUGAACACUCAAAAAGUUGGUGAAUUUUAUUUUAUUUAUUUAUAUGUAUAUAAAUAGGCCAAGUCCAACAACAACUUUUGAGUUAUAUAUUAAUUGUAUAAAAUCUAAUAUGAAAAAAAAAAAUGAAAAAAAGUUGUAUGUAAAAUAUAAUAGUAGGUAAAUAAUAAUAAUAGUAGUAAUAAUCAUAGUAAUAAUAAUGAUAACAAUUUGAAGUACAGAUGUACAGUACUUUAAUGUUAAUUAAGAAAAAAAUAUUGAGAAUUAAUUAUGUUAAUUCGAUUUUAUCAUUAUUAUUAUUAAUAUUUGUAAGGUCUAUACAUUUUAAUUUGACUCUUUGAUUAGGUUUCUGUCACACUUAAUGUUGGGGAGAGAUGGACUUUUUCAAUGGCUAUCCUUGAUGAGUGGGGGAAGUAAUGUUUAUAUUAUUUUUUUAUAUUCAACUAAUUGCAUUAGUCUGAAUACUACUUUUAGAUCUUUUAGAGUUUUUAAUAAAAUAUACCUACAAUUUUCGAAAUAUUACCCUUAAUUUGUAGGCAAUUCUUUAGAGAUCUGAGAAAUAACUCUGGUCCGCAUCAUUAUUUUAAAGUUUUUCUGUUUUGAAUAAUUACUGUAUUCUUGUAAUAUAUAUUUUCCUUUUGAAAUCCAAGAUAAUCGUUUUAUACAUUUAUUUUAAAACAAAAUGUUGAUAUUACAAAUCUUUACUAAUGAUGAGUCAUUAAUUUUCUACAAUUUGUUUAAGUUUAAACAAUUUUAAAUUUUUUUCAAAAAACUACUAAAUAAUAAUUAAUAAAAAAUAUACAAUGUAAAUAAUUUUAAUAAUAAUCUUAUAUUGUAUAAGAAAUUAUAAUUUUUUGUGACCCCUGCCUAUAUUUAGGGAUAAAUAUGGAAAUAAAUAGAUAAUGAAUGUAAUAUUUUAUUAUAAUAUUUUUUUUUUUGUGAAACAACUUCAAUAAAUAAAAAUAAUCAAUUCUCUCUACUAAAUUAUUUUAGUUUAAUUUAAGUUAGUAAAUUUUUCUAUUUUUCAGAACCGAAUGGCAUUAAUUUUAUGUGUAGCCGAAAAUUAUGCUACAUUUUUUGUGCUGGAUCAUGCUUUAGGAUUUAGCACACAUAAGAUACAUGAGGUGAAUUUUGAUAUAAUGGAACAAAUAUCUACAAAGGAAUUUAAUAUUAUUAAAUCCCAUCAGCUUUUAUAUAUAAAUGCUCUUUCUGUUGAAUCAAAAUUUAAAUUUGUAUCGAUAGGUAAUUUGUAUCAUAAGGAUUAUGGUAUGGGGGUAAAGGUUGUGGCUAAGUCCCGAAUUAGUAAUAAUGAAAUCCUUCAGAAUCUUGGUGGUACACUAUGCACAGUUGAUGAUUCAUUCAUUAAAACUUAUCCAUCAGUCGAGUCAUUUCUGGUAAGAACUAUGCAAAAGAAACAACAGAAAUUAUGGUUAGGUCCUGCUGCAUUCAUCAACCACGGAUGCAAAAACAACAAUGUGGUAAUGAAUUCUCUAGAUGCUAACUCUGCUUGUGUCAAAGCAACCAGAGUUAUCGAACCAGGAGAAGAAAUUAUACUUCAUUAUGGCGAAAAUUAUUUCUCAAGUGGGGAGUGUUCAUGUACCAUGUGUAGUUUGUAA